CGGAAGUUGUUUAAGCCGCUUGUCGCUAACCCGUUAGUAUCUCAUGUUUUCGUAACUCGGACGUUUUCCAAAUAUUCAAAAUGAACAAACUGAAUAAAUCACAGGAUUUUGACUCGUAUGAAAUCGAGGAGCCGAGCGACGAGGAGCGAGCAGAAAGCAGCUCAGAAGAUGAGCUGGAUGUUCUGCUGAACGGGACUCCGGACCAGAAGAAGAAGCUGAUUAGAGAGUAUCUGACCGGGGAGAGCGAGUCGUCCAGCGAGGGCGAGUUUGAGAAAGAGAUGGAGGCAGAACUGAGCUCCACCAUGAGGACCAUGGAGGGAACCUGGAGACCAGCAGCAGAAACCUCAGGAGGAGGAGGAGGAUGUUCUGGUUCUGGGCUUCCAAACCCUCGGAUGUACGAUAAAGUUUACUUUAACUCAGACUCAGAGGAAGAAGACGCGGCAGGCAGCUCCAGCGGUCGGAGGCGGAGCCAGCGGAUGAUCCUGACCAAUGACGAGUUGCUGUACGACCCAGAUGAGGACGAACGGGACCAGGCAUGGGUGGACGCCCGGAGGAGAGCGUACAACAGGAAGCGACCGGCGGCGGCGCUUCAAUCUCAGCCUCAACCACAUCAGGGUUUACCGAGCAGCGACGCCGUCCUCAACUGUCCCGCCUGCAUGACCACACUCUGCCUCGACUGUCAGAGACAUGAGAAGUACCGGACUCAGUACCGAGCCAUGUUUGUGAUGAACUGCACGGUGAAGAAGGACCAGGUUCUGAGGUACAAGAACCAGGAGGACAGGAAGCAGAGGAGGAGGAAGAGGAGGAAGGACCAAACUCCCGACCCGACGCCGGCCGGGAUGGAGGCCGAUGAGCUCUACCACCCGGUGCAGUGCUCCCAGUGCUCCACUGAGGUGGCUGUGUUGGACCAGGACGACGUCUACCACUUCUUCAACAUCCUGGCCAGCCACUGCUGACACCACACGGACCUCCUUCAUCUCCUCAGCCUGGUCUGAAGCUGCUGAAGUCUGGAGUCUAAUAAGAACCAACCAGAGCUGCAGCAGGUCGACUCAAAAAUGUUCAAGAGGUGGAAAUAUUAAAAUGUUGGUGGACUGAAAUCAUCUUCAAAUAAAUCAUGAAUAACUCAUGAAUCAUUAAAGCAACAAAAACGAUACAAAAUGAUAGAAAUGAGACACAAAACAACAGAAACGAGACACAAAAUGACAGAAACAACAAAUCACAAAAACGAGACAAAAAAAAUGACAGAAAUGAGACAUAAAAUGAGACAAAAAGUGACAAAUCAAGACACAGGUGGACUGAAGUCAUCUUCAGUCAAUCAUCAGUAGAUGUUCCAGAUGUUCCUCUAAGUUCUACCUGCAGAUGAUCAGCCUGAAAGAACCAGAAACCAGCAGAACCAGCAGCAGAUGAAACCACUGGAAGCUGCUUAGUUUCUGUUUAAAUGAUUUCUAAAAUAUAGCAGAACUACUGAGGAAUGGAACAGUUAUCUGCUGGUUCCAGAUGAUCCAGAUGUUGGUUGUUGAGCUGCUGUUAGUAAACUUUAAUCCACUUUUUGUCCAUCGGUUUGAACUAAACACAGGAACACUGACGACUCCAGUUAUCUUGAUAAAGAACAUUUAUUUAAAAAACUCUUGUAUUGUGGGUUUAUUUCUUUUUCUUUCUUUUUAUUUUUUAACAAACAUAUUUUCAAUAAAACUUUGGGUCAUUUCAUCUCAAACAGGCAAAUAUUUAGAACAAUUUCUGCUCGAUCAUCUCUGAUAUGUAUAUAUUUGAUAUAUACAGACCUGAUCAAAAUCUUAAGAUCAGUUGAAAAAUAGCUAGAAUUUACCUUUUGCACGUUUGGAUCUUAAUGAGGUUUUAAGUAGAGCUACAAUAUGCAAAAGCAAGAAGGGGGAGUGAGACAAAAAGCACUUUGAAAAAGUAAUUUAUUGAAAACAACAAGUAAACUGAAAUAGGCUGUUUAUCAGCUGAUCAAAAGUUUAAGACCAUUGCUUAAAAAAUGACAAAAAACUCUCCAAACCAGAACAAAAAAUUUUCUCAGUAGGACUCAGUAAUGAGUAGCUCCACCGUUCUUGUUAAUCCCUUCAAAAAUGGGUUUGGGCAUGCUUGAUGCGAGUGUUUCCAGGAGGCUGGUGGGAACAUUGCUCCAAGUGGUGAAGAUGGCUUCACGAAGGGCAUCAACUGUCUGGAACUGAUGGUCAUUUUUAUAAACUUCUCUUGCCAUCCAUCCCCAAAUGUUCUCUAUGGGAUUUAAAUCAGAGGAACAUGCGGGAUGGUCCAAAAGAGUGAUGUUAUUCUCCCUGAAGAAGUCCUUGGUCAAGCGAGCAUUGUGAACUGCAGCGUUGUCCUGUUGAAAAACCCAGCUGUUACCACACAGACGAGGGCCCUCAGUCAUGAGGGAUGCCUGCUGCAACAUCUGCACGUGACCAGCCGUCGUUUGACGACCUGCACCACCUGAAGCUCCAGUGUUCCACUGAAUGAAAAAGCACCCCAGAUCAUGAUGGACCCCCCCCUCCACUGUGCCGGGUAGAAAACAUCUCAGGUGGGAUCUCCUUGUCAUGCCAGUAACGUUGGAAGCCAUCUGGACCGUCAAGGUUAAAUUUUUUCUCAUCAGAGAAUAAAACUUUUUUCCACCUUUCACUGUCCCAUGUUUGAUGCUCCCUGGCCAAGUCUAAACGGGGCAGUUUUGUGGUGUUGUAGGAGACGAGGUCUUUGAAUUCGUUUUUUGUUUUUGAAACCCUUUUCCCGUAGAUGCCGUCUGAUGGUUAUUGCGCUGCAGUCGGCACCAGUAAGGGCCUUAAUUUGGGUUGAGGACCGCCCUGUGUCUUGACGGACAGCCAAUCGGAUCCUCCGGCUCAGCGCAGGUGUAAUUUUUUUGGGUCUACCACUUGACUUUUUUGUUCCAUAAUGCUCAGGAUCUUUCAAAAAAUCUAGAAUGACUGUCUUACUGCGUCCAACCUCAGCAGCAAUGGCAUGCUGCGAGAGGCCUUGCUUAUGCAGCUCGACGAUCCGACCACGUUCAAGAAGAGAAAGGUUCUUAGCUUUAGCCAUCAGGAGGGCAUGACCGUGUGAAUGCCUGACAGAAGAUGAGAAUUUUGAGCAGAUUUGGGCUUUUAUAGCCUGUGGUCUUAAACUUUUGAUCAGCUGAUAAACAGCCUAUUUCAGUUUACUUGUUGUUUUCAAUAAAUUACUUUUUCAAAGUG